GGAGACUAUUGGAUUGACCCCAACCAAGGCUGCACUUUGGACGCCAUCAAAGUUUUCUGCAACAUGGAGACGGGCGAGACCUGCGUCUACCCCAGCCCCAGCAGCAUCCCCAAGAAGAACUGGUGGACCAGCAAGACCAAAGACAAGAAGCACGUCUGGUUCGCAGAGACCAUUAACGGCGGUUUCCACUUCAGCUAUGGCGAUGAAGACUUGUCACCCAACACUGCCAACAUCCAGAUGACCUUCCUCCGCCUCCUCUCCACCGAAGGCUCCCAGAACGUCACGUACCACUGCAAGAACAGCAUCGCCUACAUGGACGAGGAGACAGGCAACCUGAAGAAAGCCCUCCUCAUCCAGGGAUCCAACGACGUGGAGAUCAGAGCCGAGGGCAACAGCAGGUUCACCUACAGCGUCCUGGAGGACGGCUGCACGAAACACACCGGGAAAUGGGGCAAGACAGUCAUCGAGUACCGAUCGCAGAAGACCUCGCGCCUGCCCAUUGUAGAUAUUGCACCUAUGGACAUUGGUGGAGCCGAUCAGGAGUUUGGCGUGGAUAUUGGCCCGGUCUGCUUCUUGUAA